AUGGCUAUCACAGACGUUUUGGCUGCCUCUGAUAUUUCAACUGCCAUCAAUGCAUGUAAAGCAAAGGAUUCUUUCAGCCCAAAGACAUUUUUUGCAACAGUAGGCUUGUCAAAGAAGUCUCCUCCUGAGAUAGAGAAGGUCUUUAAAAUGUUGGACCAGGACAAGAGUGGGUUCAUUGAACAGGAUGAGCUACAGUUGUUUCUGCAGAACUUCUCUAAAGGGGCUCGUGCACUAACAGCAGCUGAAACCAAGGCCUUCCUCGUGGCUGGAGACAUGGAUGGGGAUGGGAAGAUCGGCUGGGAAGAAUUUUCAGCCCUCGUUAAUGCUUCCUGAGACCAGCUGUGACUGUCAAACAUGGCAAA